UGUCGGAAUAUUAUGAUUGUGUCGAUUGCCAUUCGUUCGAUUUGUAAACGUCGCGAUCGAUCGUUGAUCGUCGUGUACUUUUGAUAAUCGUUCAAAAUAGCGCGAGUGACUAAACACGUGUGCGCGAAAGCGACGAUUGUUAACGCGUCGAUGACAUCGAACGACACCGCAGUCCAAGAGAGAUUUUCUUCGUGAUAUAUAUCCCUCUCGUUCCAUGGUGUGCGUCCCGAUUCACGUCGACUCGUGUCCCAAUAAAUUAUAUCCUUUUUAUUGCUUUCCACGCAAGCUGGGGUCGGUUUACACUUUUAACACUUACUCCCGUUAAUCCGUAUACGUGCUCCGCAUUCAAAUGAAAGAUUAGCGCGGCCCGCUCGACCGAACGAGCUUGCAUCAGCUGACACGAUGGGGGUGACCACUACUGUACUGCUGUGUUGCUGCACUGCGGACUGUGUUUAUGGCACGAGUAGAGUAACAAAAAAACUAACGACUUCGUGAACAUUUUUGUAAAGUCAGGAUUGCCAAGAGAUUCGAGAGGAGCGAAAUGCAACGGUCAACGUUCCACCCUUCGACAUCGUCACUGAAUGCUAAGAGUAUCAACGACAAGUAGUUUCGAAAAAAGAAGAAGAAAAGCCGACUGGCUUUGCCACACUCGAUAUGAUGUGAUUGUCAGUGCGAGUCAAUUGCGCACAAGUAACCGAUAUAUGGAUUAUUCCCAACGGAUCCGACGAAUCACGUGAAGAACGGCCCUGGAAAUCGAAAGGGUUGAAAAGCCGAGGAGGAAGCGGCGGCGAAAAAAAAACAGGAGCCCCGAAGAAGCGCCCGCCCGCCGCUCGGAGCUUUCUCGCCCGGGGGAGGAAAUCUCGUACAUAAGACACACGAGGCUGGAGCGGUGCCGCGGCAUAGCGUUCCGGGCUGCUGCUGCGUCGCGAGAUGCGUCGCCGCCGGCCGUCGGCCUAUUCGUGGCGGCUCGCGCUGCCGCCCUUCGUCUUCUUGCUGCUGAAUGCGCUGCUCCUUGCACACGGGGCCCCGGACCGCCCGACUGCUCUCGGCUUGUCCGAUCGAGGUACAAAAAAAUUCAGUGAUGAUUGCAAAGAACAUUCCGAAUGUGGGUUCGAUGGCUCAUAUUGCGAUCCAGCAGUCAAGAAGUGUCUUUGUAGAGAAGAACUGACAGCAACUAAUCACAUUGAUAAAUGUGGACAUCCGGCGAAUAUCAACGAGUCUUGCUUCUUCACGGAACAAUGCGAGGUGACGGUCGCCCAGACGGAAUGCCGAGACGGCCGCUGCAUUUGCAUCUUCGAGAAAAUUCCCGUUCAGAACAAAGACGGAUCGAUCCAGUGCAUCGCCGAAGUGAAGGAACCGCAGGACCUGCGCUACAUCGAUCCAGCGAUGAUUGGCAUACUCGCUGGAAUGGCACUCAUGUUCAUCAUCCUCUGCGUCGUUCUUCGUUUGUUCAGCCAAGCUCGCUGGCGCGAGAAUCGGACGAUCUUCAACACGCCCAACGCCCGCCUGAUGAACGUCUCGCUGCUGCGCGCGGACAACAAGCUGCUCCACGCCGGCCAGGAGCGACGAGGCUCGCGGGCCAGUGUGCGGGGCCCGUCGCGCCAGCCUUCCAUGGCCUCGCUCAGGGCGCACUCGCCCAACGCGUCGCAAGGUGCGAAACACUCACAACAUCCGCAACAACAACAGCGACUCAACCAAGAGAAAAUCCUUUUGACAAAUGGCAAAGGGAAUAAACGCUCUGCCGCUGCUGCUACCGCUGCUACUGCUGCUGCUGCUUCAACACAUCAUGCCUCGGCAGGAGGCACAGCACAUCACCAUCACCACCAACAUCCACAACAUCAACAACAACAACAACAACAACAGCAACAUCAACAACAACCACAACAGGAUACCCGAAUAACGGACGCAAAUUGUGCCCCCUUGUCACCAGGUUCAAGGACCGGCUCAAGACGCGGCAGUCGUGGCAGUAGUGGCAACAAUUCCGCAGUGUCCGGCAAGUCGAACAACAACACCAGAUCCUCGCCGCCGAACAGUCAACAUCACGCGCAUCAUAACGGUGGCGGCGAGCCACCGCUGGAAAACGUCACCGUUGAGAUUAUUGAAAAUAAAUCUUAAGGGGUAAAAAACUUCGUUGGGAUCACUGCAAGCAUUAUGACUUCCGUAAUGCCGAGUGACUUUCGAGGAUUCAUUGCUUGCGAAAUUACUACCUGCGUUAGACUUUCUAUCACUAUAUAAUAUGAAAAAAAUUCUUAUGAUAAAAAUACUACUAUACAUGUAGACCAAAAUAUAAAUGUAAAUGUAUGAUUGUAUAAUUGUACGUAACUUGUAAUAUUGUAUGCAUCGUAAAUAUAUUUCUCUUGCUAUUUAUUUUACUCUAAGAUUAUGUCGAUAAUUUUUAGUCUAAGCUACCGAUGCUUGAAUUAAGACAAGAUGAUACGUAUCGAAAUGUAAUAUAUAUUUGUACUAUAUUAAAUAAUUUUUGUGCACGAUCAAGAACAAUCAAAAAUCUUAUAUGACAUGAGAAUAGAAAAAUAUUACUAAUUUUAAAAUUACAACUGAAAAUUCGAUACCAAAGUUAAAAACAAUAAAAAUAAUUCAAAUAGUUUCUUUUAUGUUUACACUUUCAAAAGUGAUUACAACCAUUUUUGACUCGCGAUCAAUUUUUUCUCCUUUCCGGGAAAAUAUCUACCAACGUGCACGUUUAUAUCUUUAAUUUUUUAUGCGUUUUUGCUCCAAAAAUAUGUCCGUUACAAUUGACUCUUUAGAAAUAUCUACAACACCAAAAGAUUAAGUAUAAGAUACUAUAAAUAAAUAUACAUAGAGACGAAUUUAGAUAUAAAACUUUUUCUAAUGUGCUGCGGCAAGUAAUAUAAUGCUUACAAAAGCCUAUUUCUCGAUAACAAAAGAAUAAAAAAUCUUCGCUUUAAAAUCAUAAUAUAGUAUAUUGCAUAUGCGUUUGACUUUUCCACUCUAAUUUCAGUAUUUAAAUUUAUAUCACAAUGAAAAUUAUAAGAAAUAUUUAUUCGCUUUAAUUUAAACUCAUUUUAAGAUCAUUUAAAAUCGUAAAAAUACUAAAUUAAAUAUCAAUGAUCGAUAAAUCAUAUUAUAAAGACGACCAAUACUUUCAGAGGAUUGAUCAAAAUAUUGUUAGGUGUCGACCAAAUUGUAAUGUUAAAGCAGGGAAAAUGGCAAAAAUCAAGUGUAAGAAUUAUAAUUGGUAGAUAUGGAAAAUUUCAUGCCACUUACGAAUGGGACCAGAUGAAAGUGUUUCGUGAAUCGAUCAUGUCAUAAUAAAAAAGGAAAUUUAUAAUAAAGCUAAAAUAAAUAUUUGAAUAUAAUGUGUAUGUGUAUAAUAAGAUGUAAAAUCUUGUCUAUAAUUCUCAAAUGUCAUUUGAUAUAACAGCUUUAAAUAUUAUUGUAUAAUCUAGCAUUUCUUUUUUAGUAUAAAUUAAAUUUAUUCAGGAAAGGUUUUUCUUACCUGUGUAAAAAAGUGUGGUGUCUUUAAAUUUUCGGAAAUAAAUAUCAGCUUGUUCAAAUGAUACCGUCUCCAGAAAUCGUAAGUUAUCAUUAUAACAUGUAUUUAAACACUGCUACUUUUGGCUUUCAUGAAUGAUCAAUUAAUGUAAGAAUCGAGAUCUGAAAAAAUGAGUAAGUAUCGUUAAUCCGCAAUGUUAUAAUAUUGUUUUCAUAAAGGAUUUUUUCAAUGGCUACCCAAUGUAUCUCUCUUCCAAUCUAUAUAAUAGCUAAUACACAUAUAGUUAUUCUAUUAAUAAGAAAAAUGCAAUUAGAGUAACGGCAAUAUGAUGUUGUUUAAUCUCUCUAUGCGAUUCGGUGCCUAUGCUAUAAAUAACAAUGAAAUUAAUCAACUUUUUUUUUCUUAAAUGUGAUAGUUUGAGAGAUACAAUAAAUGUAAUUUAAGUAUAAUGAUAUAUAAGAAAAAUAUAUAUAGAAUAGAAAAUGUAACCAAAUUUAGAACGUAAUUAAAGUUAUGCAAUUAUUGAAUACUCUAAAAUUUACAAAGCAUCAACAGAUGACAAAUGAACUUAGUUUAAUUGCAAGUUAUGAGCAUUGAUCUGCCUUUAACUAUUUAUCUCCUUAAUAUAUAAAUGUUUAUGAUAGUUUCGUAGAUCAACUAUAAUUAAAUAUAUACAAACAAAAACUUUAGAAGUUUAUUAUCUAAUGUAGUGGUGUUUGUGCUGUAUUCUGUAUUCUGUGAUGAUGCAUUAAUAUUUAUAGGGAUUAAUAUACUUUGCAAAAAAAUAUUCAAUCGUCCAAUAAAAUUUGUUGGCAUAAAAUGAUAGAUCGUAAUUUGUAGCGUGAUUGAAAAAGCUUCAAAAAUAAUGAAGGAAUGAAUGUAGGUAGCGAACUGUAACUUAUGUCUAAAAAACUAGUUUUGAAAACUGAAAAAAAUUACACAUUUCAUAAUGAUAUUCGUAAAAUCCCGCUACAAUAAUAUCAGUUACUUCAUUUAACGAAAGGUAUUUUAUCAAAUAUAAAAGAUGGUACCCGUGUUACAUAAAUAAAUGAUAAAUAUAUGCAUUCAGUGAAAUGUUAAAUAAUAAUAUUAAAGAGUAAUAACUAGUCGCGCUAUUACACACAUGAAGUAAUCGUACUUAUCAUAAGACACGUACUAAAACCGAAAAGAAAUUAGGGGAAGGUUUCUGCUUCGGUUUUAGGCGUUUAACUUUAUAAAUAUCUAUGCUGUUGUGAAAGUUGAAAUAAUUAAAAUAAGAAUAACUUUUGCUUAAUUAAAAUAAUCUAGCAAAGAACGUAUUCGUAAGCAGAUUUAAUAAUUGAAAUACACACAAAUAAACAGAUACGUAUUAUAAUCAUAUUACUUAAAUAUAAACAUAAUAAGUAACCGUAUUUAUAUUUAGGCAAAAAAACUGCUUAAAAAGUUAAUAUUGUUUUUUUUUUAAAUGGUACGAGUGCCUCUAAAAUAUAUUGUCAUGAAGCGCUACAGAUUAUAGAUACUUGAAAAAUAAUAGCGGCGCAUUCCAUGAAAUUUUAUUUGCUCAUCCGGAUCAUUUCUUCAUUUUUUCGUAUAAGUAUUAUAGAAAAAUGAAUCAAAUAAUUAAGUAUCAUUUUUUCAAAUAAAUGUUGAACUGCAAAUGAAAGAAACAUUCAACCUCGAUAAUUCCGAAUAAUAACAACUGGGGAAGUACCGGAACGAUCAGGGUUGAAUUCUGCUUAGUUUGACGAUAAAAUUUUAUCAUUUACAUACUGGUUGUGUAUUAAACAUACUUGUGUCAUACUUAUACCUAUGUAUUCAAAAAUAUUUUUUUCAGUAUACUUUUUGGGGUAGAGUAUAUUGUUUUACAAUGAUUGAGAAUCUAUUAUAUUUAUAAUCAAUACUCUCAUUUUUCAUGCGGAUUAACGAGGAAUGAAAAUGUCAGUAUGAUGAAGUGAAUGAAUAAAUAAAGAAUUUAAAAAUGUGUUAACAAAUAGAAUACUUGCUUAUCCAGACUUGAAAUUCAUCUUCAAAAAAAAAAAAUGCAUAUAAAUACAAUUAAAUUUAAAAAGUCCAUUGAUCCAAUACCAAAAAAUGUUUUGUUAUUGAUUAGUAAAGUUUCAAUUUACACUAAAUGUUUAAUAAUUUCUAUUUAAUAAGAUAUUCAUCCUCUAACUUAUGGAUUUUCAAUAUAAUAUUAUGUUUUUGUGCGUGAAUUACCGUAAAUAAACAGUUGAAUUCUUAUGGUAGUCAUUAGUAAUCAUUAUAAAUUUAUCUAUUUUUUAUCUGCCUUUGUAAUAAUUAUUAAAAAGAAGUGUCAUACUAGAAAAAUGUUGGUAAUUAUUCAUUCAUUUCACCGUCAUAAUGUUCAACUCACCUUUACAGAGAUAUAAAAUGAAAGCAUACAAAAAAGAUUAUCGAAUAGAAAUGCAUUUACUGAAAUAAAAUUAACAGUAUAUAAUACAGCUCAGUCUUGUGUCACUUUAAAUCUUUAUAAUGUACGUACAAUUUUGUACUUCUAUAUUCAUAAAUUUCUGGAAACAAUAAUUAAACUUACAUACGAUUGUACUGGUCCUAUCUUCAAAUAAAAACUUGUCAAUCUGAGGGAUACUA